AGGCGAGGGCGAGCCGACCCCGACCGCGACCGGCGUGGAGAGAGAGAGAGACGGACACAGGCGCAGCAGCGGAGGGGGAGGGAGAGAGAUAAACCAACCAGGCGGAGGGGGAAGGCGAAGGAGCGCUCGUCGGCGAUGGCGUCUGGGUGGGGCAUCAACGGGAACAAGGGCCGCUGCUACGACUUCUGGCUGGAGUUCAGCGAGUGCAUGAGCCGCUGCCGCCAGCCCUCCGACUGCGGCCUCCUCCGCGAGGACUACCUCGAGUGCCUCCACCACUCCAAGGAGUUCCAGCGCAGGAACAGGAUCUACAAGGAGGAGCAACGUCAGGUCAGAGCUGCUGCUCGCAAGGCCAAGGAGGAAGCUGAGGGAGCUCCUGCUGUUGCAGCUCAUCAUUAGUCUCCAUGUCAAUUUUAACGUGUGUCGUUGUUUUCUGUCUACUCAUCUUUGGUUCGGCUGUGAUGCUAAGAGCAAAGUAAUAAUCUUCCAUCUUUCUGUUGGACUGCACAGAAUUUUUUUUCCCCAGCUCACUCCAUGACUUGUUCUAUAUCAAGACUUUAGUAAAAAGGUCACGGUCAUGAAGUUUCUACUUGUUUGGGGAUAUUGAGCAACAAAUGGUGUUUGAAUCGAGCAUUAAACAUUUGCACAUUUACAUCUCCGAUCUCUCUUGA